AUGCUGAACCACAUGACCACGCCGCGUGUGACGAUCGCCUCUGCCGUGGCGACAUCUUGCGCCGCCAUUGGCGUAAUGAAGCCAAGGGGACUUGUCGUGAAGAAUCCGGUGACCGGGCAUUUGUCGCCCUUCAACGUCCUGGGCGAAUCCUUUGCGGACGGCUCCUUCACUGCUGAGGUGCCCAAGGACUACCUCCGCUCCUGCUUCGGAGCGACCCGAUUCCUGGUGUCGCAGGUGAAUCCACACGUCUCCUCCUUCUUGGAGGCGAAAGGUGGUGUGCUCCACAUGCUCCGAGGCUACUUCGGUAUGGACCUUCAGCAGCGCGCGCGGCUGCUGUCGGAGUACAACCUGCUGCCCUCCUUCUUCGGCCGCGCCAUGUGCCAGGCAACGAAGCAUCUGUCUCAAGAUUUUCACGAGUCGAAAUCGGGCUUGACCGUGCACCCUCCGCACGUGGGCCUGGCGUCAGUAAAGAAUGCCAUCUCCAACCCUACGCCGCGGGACAUGGAGCAGUACAUCCUUCGGGGGCAGCGAAUGGCCUGGGAGAAAGCCCACGAGAUCCGCACGAUGAUGCUGCUCGAGGACGGUUUCCAAGGUUUCGAUUUCGGCUUUGGCGGCUGGGGUGGGGGGGGGGGGGGGGUAAAGGGAUUCAAUUUCAAUGUUGUUUUGGGUCGACAUGUAGCCCGAAACAAGCGGAAAAUUGGGUUGUCAAUGAGGCAGUAG